AUUAAUACAAAAUUAUUGAAAUAUAAAUUACUUUACAGUGAAAGCAGCAUGUUCCUAUCAAAACGUAGACUUAUUUUGAAAACAUGUGGCACAACUACUCCUCUUCAAUGUUUGGAGCCUCUUUUGGAACUCAUAAAAGAAUAUACUGGCUUUGAAGAAGUAGAGAAUGUAUUUUAUUCGCGAAAAAAUUACAAGAAACCAGAAUUGCAAAUAUCUCCGCAUCAAGCAUUUGAAGAAGAAGUUGGCUUACUCGAUACAUUUUUUCCAGGUGGGGAAGCCUAUUGUUUAGGUUCUGUAGAUUCAGAUUGUUGGUAUUUAUAUACUUUGAAUAAAGAGAAAUCUGUUGAUGAACCUUCAGAACCAGAUCAAACCCUAGAAAUCUUAAUGACUCAUUUAGAUCCAGAAAUAAUGGCUCUUUUCACUAGAGAUGUAUGUUCAUCUGCAGAUGAAGCAACUCAAAAAUCAGGAAUUGACAAACUUAUUCCAAAUAUGAUUAUUGAUGAUUUUUUAUUCGAACCUUGUGGAUAUUCAAUGAAUGGAGUAUCUAAAAAGGGAAAUUAUAUGACUAUUCACAUCACACCAGAACCAGAGUUUUCAUAUGUCUCAUUUGAGAGUAACAUUCCAGAAGCAUCAUAUGAGGAAAUAAUACGACGUGUAUUGAACACUUUUAAACCAAAAAAAUUUGUUGUAACUGUCUUUGCUAACAAAGAAUCGAUAGCUGCUAGUUGUCCGCGUGAUUUAGAACAAACUGAUUUUCUAAAAUGUUCUGGUGAUUGGUUACGUACAGAUGUACAAUAUUGUCGUUUCAAGAAUUAUGAUUUGACUUGUGCAUUUUAUUCAAGAUUCCCAAGCUGAGGGUUCAUGGACGCUUCAUUCGGACCUAAUGAAUCAGGGACAAAUGAAGCGCUUAUUAAUAAUUCUACUUUUUCGCAAACUUCUUUUUCUUUUUUUAAUUCUAUAAAUGAAAAAAACAAAUUUAAUCAAUCUAUAAAACAUAUAUUAAAACCUACAAAUAUUUACAAAAAACAUAAUCUUGUAUCUACUCAAUAUAUAAAACAUAAUAAUGAAACAAAUCUUAAUGAAUGCACUGCUACACAAAAUUCUAUAAUUACCCGAGGAAAGAAUGUUACAACACCCACAAUUCCACUAAUUACAUCCACGCCACAAUCCAUUAAUCCUGAUGUGUCUAUAGAAGAUAAAUAUUUAAAUAGAAAAAGUAACGAUUGUCAUUCUCUGCAGAAUUACAUGGAUAUUAAUAGAGCUUCCACAGAUAAAAAAGUACAUUUUUCUUGUAUUUCGGAAUUGACUCAAGAAAAUAAUUCGACUGAUACAAAAAAUAAGUGGAAUAUGGGAGAAGUACAUAUUACUUGUAAUCCACUUUCAACACCAUAUCCAUAUUCCACACCCCAUCAUAAUAUUAUAA